CAAUAGAGAUCGAUUAUGGCCGCUUCUACUAGCCAGGUGCUCGGGCUUCACCAGGUCACCCCGGUCGGGGGCAUCGUUGGCGACACUACUAUCGAUAUCAUCGCUAUCCACGGCCUAGGCACCGAAUCGCCACGAACAUGGGAAUAUGAGAAACACAGAGGCGGGGUAAUCAACUGAUUAACGGACAGCGACAUGCUACCAGCUGCCGUCCCCGAGGCCAGAAUAUUCACAUACGACUGGAACGCAAACUACUUCGAAGACGCACCAGUGCAGACGCUGCUGGGUCAUGCCGACAACCUCCUUGCACUCGUAGCCGGGGACCAAGGCUCCGUAUUCCGACCCCUCAUCUUCAUCGCCUCUUGCUUCGGGGGACUUGUCCUCGCCGAGGCCAUUAACAGAGCCGCGCAAGAAGGCAGUCCCUACCGAAAGGUCCUCUUGUCCACGGCCGGGGUGGUGUUCUUAGCCACUCCCUUCCGUGGUAGUGAUGCGGCUGAUCAGGCUGGAUGGCAAGUGGUGGUAGGUGGAAUCAUGGGAAAGCAGACAUCAAUGCGACUUGUCGAAAACCUGAACAACGCUGAUAAAGAGCUUCGCAAAUUGACUCAACUGUUUGCAGAAGUUGCCAGACGAGGGACGGUCCAACUUCCUGUCCACUGCUUCUUCGAGACCCAAAAAACGGAGAUGCUUAGGAAGUUUUCCUUACCACGCCGCCUAAUCGAUGUAACCUCCGCCACCAUGAUGGGAAGCACUCGAAAGCUAAUCGUUACCCAAGAUUCAGCAUGUCUGGACACUUUUGACCGGCAAAGUCUUAAUGCAACACAUUCAGGCAUGAAUAAGUUUCCUGGGCCCGGCGAUUCGAACUUCAAGUCCGUGAAAGAAAUUGUAAAAAAGAUUUCUAACGAGGCGCACUCUGUCUUAGGUCGCCGACAGAAAUCUGUACAACAACAUCACUUCAUGGUCCCGUUUGGCCGUAACGAAGACUUCGUCGGACGUGGGCCGAUCCUGAACCAGGUCCUCCAGAGGAUACCACCCAACAUCAAUAAAGACGAUUGCCAGAGGAGCGCCAUAGUAGGUCUCGGUGGGGUAGGCAAGACCCAGAUUGCCGUCGAAGCCGCCUACCAAGUCCGGGAUGCCUAUAAGGACUGCUCCGUCUUCUGGGUCCCGGCCACGGACACCACCAGUUUUGAUAACGCCUACCGCCAAAUCGGUCAAAAACUCGGCGUCAAAUGGCUCGAAGAUGACAAGGCAGACGUCAAGCUGCUUCUUGUGAAGGCCGCCCUUGAAGAUGAGAGCGCCGGCAGCUGGCUUUUGAUCAUCGAUAAUGCCGAUGAUCUAAAGUUGGUAACCUAUCUUUCCGAUUUUCUUCCAUUCGCCCGGAAGGGCUCGAUCCUAUUUACAACACGAGUCUACCAAGCUGUGGUAGAGCUCGAUAUCCUAGAGAGAAAUAUCAUCACCGUGGAGGAAAUGAGCAAGACAGAAGCUCUUGAGAUGUUAAGGAACGGCUUAAAAGAAAGCCAGACGCAAAAUGUCGAGAGCACCGAAACCCUGCUAGAUUUCCUUGCGUAUCUACCCCUAGCCAUCAAGCAAGCCUCUGCAUACAUAGCCAAAACAAGGAUAUCGACUACUAAAUAUCUUGACUACUGCCAGUCGAGUAACAAGAAUUUAGUUACACUACUUAGUGAGAAGUUUGAGGAUCGCGGACGCUAUAAGGCAACGGAGAACCCAGUAGCCACUACUUGGCUAAUUUCGUUCGACCAUAUCACACGGGAUCAGCCACUUGCUGCAAAGUACCUCAGGUUUAUAUGUUUCCUCGCAGAGAAAGAUAUCCCGGUAGCAUUGCUUCCUCUAGGAGAGGAUGUUCUUGAAGAAGAUAAAGCUAUCGGCACUUUAAAAGGAUAUGCGUUUAUUACCCAGAGGGGCGACUCCGACUCGUUCGAUAUCCACCGGCUCGUUCGACUAGCUACGCGUAAAUGGCUUCAGAAAAGAGGGGAGUGGCAAGAGUGGACUGCGAAUGUAAUACAGCGACUAUCAAGUGUAUACCCCGUCCCUCGGCACGAGAAUAAGGAGAUAUGGACAAGGUAUAUAGCGCAUGGGCAGUCGGCACUGGAGUUUCAAGAUGGUUGUUCUAAUCAGGAAUCGGAGUGGACUCUUCUACGUAAUGUUGGGGAAAGUAAAAAUAUACUUGGGAAGUACGAGGAAGCUGAAAAGAUGUAUCGGCAGGCCCUCGAGCUACAAGAGAAGGUACUAGGCCGCGAGCAUCCCGACACAAUUGGUAGUAUGAAUAACCUCGCAAUCGUCCUUGGAAGCCAGGGGAAGUACGAGGAGGCCGAGCAGAGGCAUCGCCAGACCCUCGAGCUAUGCGAGAAGGUGCUAGGCCGCGAGCAUCCCGACACACUUGGUAGUAUGAAUAACCUCGCACUCGUCCUUGGAAGCCAGGGGAAGUACGAGGAGGCCGAGCAGAGGCAUCGCCAGACCCUCGAGCUAUACGAGAAGGUGCUAGGCCGCGAGCAUCCCGACACACUUCGUAGUAUGAAUAACCUCGCAUUCGUCCUUGGAAGCCAGGGGAAGUACGAGGAGGCCGAGCAGAGGCAUCGCCAGACCCUCGAGCUAUACGAGAAGGUGCUAGGCCGCGAGCAUCCCGACACACUUCGUAGUAUGAAUAACCUCGCACUCGUCCUUGGAAGCCAGGGGAAGUACGAGGAGGCCGAGCAGAGGCAUCGCCAGACCCUCGAGCUAAGGGAGAAGGUACUAGGCUGCGAGCAUCCCGACACACUUCGUAGUAUAAAUAAUCUCGCAAUCGUCCUUCGAAGCCAGGGGAAGUAAGAGGAAGCCGAACAGAGGCAUCGGCAGACCCUCGAGCCAGCAUCGAGGAAAAGCCUUAAAAUCCAUUUCA